AUGGUGCUAUUACCGGAGAAGCCAGUAUGGAUGUCUCAAGAGCAAUAUGAUGAGCAAUACGGCUCUCUCUUGAGACAGAAAGAAGCAGAAAAGCGGAUGGAAAAUGAAGGUCAAAGCACGAUCCAGGAGGUAAGUAAACAGGCACCUACACCACCUGGCAAUAUAGAUGGCAAGGAUGAGGAAGAUAAAGUAAACAAAGCCCGGAACAGGAAGCAUCAAAGGUAUGAUUUAGAAGAGAGAAAAAAGAAACAGAGACUACAGAAAACUAUUGAGGAACAAUUGAAGCAUCACGACAUUGAGAUGACUGCCAAUAGGAUUGUGAAUGUAGAUCAGGUUGUUAGGGAACAUUAUAAUGAGCGUACUUUUAUCUCCAAGAAACAUAAUAGAAACUACUCUCCUAUUAUCAAGCUUAGGAACUUCAACAAUGCUAUAAAGUAUAUGCUAAUUGACAAAUUCACGAGACCAGGAGAUGUUGUUUUAGAACUUGCUUGUGGUAAAGGUGGUGAUUUGAGGAAAUAUGGUGCUGCUGGUAUUUCUCAGUUUAUUGGUAUUGAUAUAUCUAAUGCCUCUAUUACAGAAGCUUUGAAACGUUAUCACUCCAUGAAGAACCUUGAUUAUCAGGUCAUUUUGAUCACUGGUGAUUGUUUUGGAGAGUCCUUGGGUGUUGCUGUCGAACCAUUCCCAGAAUGUAGAUUCCCAUGUGACGUCGUGUCUUGUCAAUUUGCACUUCAUUAUGCUUUUGAAACUGAAGAAAAGGCCCGCAGGAUGUUAUUGAACGUCACGAAGUCGUUGAAGAUGGGAGGGUACUUCUUUGGUACUAUUCCAGAUUCAGAAUUCAUUAGGUACAAAAUGAAUAAGAUUCCCGAAACUGUAGAAAAGCCCUCCUGGGGGAAUCCAAUUUAUAAAGUCACUUUUGCAAACAACGAAUACCAGAAGAAUGACAAUGAAUUUCCGUCUCCUUUUGGCCAGAUGUAUACUUUUUGGUUAGAGGAUGCAAUUGAUAACGUUCCCGAAUAUGUCAUUCCAUUUGAAAGUUUCAGAAGUUUGGCAGACGAGUAUGGAAUGGAGCUAGAACUGCAGAAAGGUUUCAACGAGUUUUUUGUCGAGGAAAUCCCUGCUUGGGUAAAUAGAUUUUCGCCUAGAAUGAGAGAAGGCUUAAAAAGAUCUGACGGAAGAUAUGGUGUCGAAGGUGUAGAGAAGGAACCUGCUGCCUAUUUCUACACGACAUUUGCAUUCCGUAAGGUAAGAGAAUAUCAAGAAUAA